GUCACCGCUGCAAGAAGAUCAUAGAUACUUUUCUGAAAGUUGUCAUUCAGGUGACUCGUGCACUAGCGUACAAGAAGUGCGAAGUUCCGCAGAAACAAGCUCGACCAUACGAACAAUACCAACGACAGAGAACAGGUGCAAUUUUGCGUUGCCUCCCGAAAAUGGUCCAGCGGUUCCUGCAUCCCAACACCGUAACCAUGCAAAAAGUAAAAGGAUGCAGAAGCGUCAUACUCGCAACAACAUAGUGGAAAAAUUGCUCAACAGAGAGAUUGGAGGCAGCACAUCAGUGAGUGCUAGUUGUGGAAAUUUAAAUGUACGCCCUACAUUGGAAAGAUGUUUAGAAGUUAAUCUGAGAAGUAUUCUUCCAGCAUCUGCCUUCAAGUUCAGUCACUCAUUCCUGGGUUUAUCAAAAUGUGGUCAGUUCCUGUUAUCCUAUACAUACACUGCAGAACUUGAUGUGGUAUCAUUCAAUACAGUACACAAAUAUAGGUUACACUGGUGGGCAUUUGUUCCACAUCAGAAAGCAAGAAAGGUUUCUGAAGUAGUAUUGUUUGGUGAUAGUGGGCCUAUUUGCAGUCCUCUGUACAUUUGCCUCUGUCAGUGGCCUUUGGAUUACUCCAAAGUUGUCAUUUACGGAAACAGCUAUGAAACAAGCCAAGCUCAACAACGAUCGUAUUUGACAAUAACAACUGUGCCGUCCCUGAAUAAAUGCCAGGAUUGCCUCAAAGUUGCUGCUUCCUAUGAAGAUGAAGAUCUGGCUGCUAGUUGGGAUAGUUGUGUUCGUUUUAGUUGUAUGAAGCACAGUGUCACGGUCCAUACCACAUUUGAUGUGGUUUCUCCAUACCCUAAAUUUCGACCCACUGUAAGCAUGAAAUGCGAUGGUUAUGUGUUGUUAAACACAGGAAACUUUCUACACGUUCUGAGUACUUCUUUGGAGUAUGUAGGCAACACAUAUUCGUACGUUAGGCAACAGUCGCCACCUGUUGCUGUAGAGCAGGAAGCUCCAGAGAAUUCAGAAGAAAAUAAUUCAUCUGUGAAAAUGUCUGUUCAACAGUCAACUUGUGAAACUGCAGAAUCUCCUAAAAAUAGUAUUGUCUCCCCAGAACAUUGUUUCAGAGAAAGUACUGGAAGCAAUAAGCAAGAUUAUAUAGAUUCAGUUACCUGUGCCUCAGAUAUUGCAAUUGGUAACAAGCAACCAUGUGAAACAGCUUUAAUUGACUCUCAAGUGUUAUGCCAUCAAAUGUUUUCCACCAGUGCAGGAAACUGUGUACUUUUAAAUCGUAGCUUAGAAAAAUGUGAUUCAGACAGUGAACAUAAAACAGUAAAUAUUGCUGUAGUUCGUCAGCAAAAUGUAGAUGUGAUGGAGAAUGAAAUUCCUGAAGGUGUUCGAAAAGCUGACAGACCAUUUAAUUCCUCCAGUAACAAUUUUGACAAAACUUGUGAUUUCAAAGGUUACUGUUCCUCAUUCCCAAGUGAUAUAUUUGUGUCAUUAUUAAAAAAAUUCCAAGAUGAAUGUCAAAGUACUAUGAAAGAUGCAGACUGUGAGGCUGACUCUAAAAGUCACUCUGCUGCAAAUAGUAUUGAUAUUCUCGACAAAGAUAUGCUGUCAGGUGCAAGUCGUGUUGAUAUAGUGAAUGAUUUAGAAGGAAAUAUGUCAACCACCAAUAAAGGCAACAAGCGACACACUAUUUUCAGAAGGAACAAGGGUUUGCUGACAAACUCUAAUGAAAAAAAGGAGUGCCGAGUGCCAGUUCCCGAAGGGUGUGAUGAGAGUUCAUUUGUGUGUGUAUGUAACACUGAUGGCAGGAACACCUGUUCUUGCGUAGAUACAGGCCACUCUAUUAGCGAAACAAAUAAUCUUAUACAGUUGUCAACAAGUGAGAAACUUGUAAAAAAUUUUUGUGAUAAAUUGUAUUCCUGUAGGGUCACGAGAUCUCAUACACUAAAGCAGAGAAAAAGUGUCCAUCGGCAGAAUGAAUCUGAUCAGUCAGUGAAACGAGAUGUAAAGUCAGUUAUACCUCAGAUUUCAGUUGGGCAACCUAGCAGGGAAAGCAUUUCCCCAGAGCAGACUGAUGGGCACCAGCAAAGAGAUGUGUCAAUAGCAGGUUCACCUCAGGAAUUAAAUAUUAAUGUGUCAAGCUGUCCUGGUCCCGAAGAAAGUGCCUCAGUUCCUAAAGUUCUUUCACCUGUUCCCAAGAGUUCACAAUUAAAUGCAGAAUCAUCACAAAAUGAUGAAAGCCAGUUAAUGCUUAACAGAAAAAGAAAAUUUGCUCAGAGACACAAAUCCUUUCCCCCUGGAAGUGUUUUAAAAAUCAACAGUCCAUCAUCAGUUUUGAAUUCCCCCACACUUAGACUUCAUAGCAAAGUUGCAGAUGAGGCAGAGAAGGCGUAUGAAUUUAAAGAGGAAACUUUGGAAUCUGAUUCAGAAAAAUUCAGUACCUACAGGCGCCGACGUUUAGCAGACAAGAAAUAUGAAUUUUGUGAAGAAUGUGAAGAUGAAGAAAACAUUGUUCCUUUCCACUUGCACAGACGCCGUGAAUCUGAUUUCAGGUUGAGGUUAUCAUCCUCAUUUCUACCAUCAGCAGCUCACUUAGUGAACAACAGACGCCAUUUUUGUGAUAGUCUUUCUGAUAAUGUAGAAGUUAACGCGGGUGCAAGAUCACCAUCCAACUCUGUUAAUGGCUCACAUGCCUUAAGUAAUCGCAGCUGGUAUUAUGAAGCAUUUGGAGAAAAUGUUGAUGCUGUGUCAUGUACUGAGACUCCAGGAGCUCCUUACAGUAUGGCAAAUGGUGAAAAUUACGUUCCUCAGAAUCAUAGUCAUCUGGACUCUGACAAAGUAGUACUGAGGCCAUUAAAUCAAAAUAAAACUACCCUAAUUCAACCUCAGAAAGAGGCUGAUAAUUUGUCUGAUGCUCCUGUGAAUAAAAGAUCAGAAUCUGUGGAUACAGUGAAAGACCUAUCAGAUGAUUUACACAGUCUUCAAGAAACUUCCAGCAAUCCAAAUAGUACAUCUGCAAAAAAAUACAACCCAGCCAGAUGCACUAUACAGCUAAAAAGGAGUUUUGUAGAAGUGGAUGAUGAACUAGUAUCUGUAAUAACAGAUAUAGAAGAUGAUGACUCUGGUGAGAGCCCUGGUUACCACUGUGCACUUCCACUAGAGAUUCAUGGUGCUGGGUAUAUGCAGCUUCAGAUGAUAUCAAAUUCAAAAGCUGAAAAACUGAUGGCUCCCUGCCUUAUUGUACUUCAGAAGACUUUUGAUAUAGAACAUUUUUGCCAUAUUAUUGCAGAAAAAUUAUGUGAAGAAUCUGGAAAGAAAUACUGGUUUUGUAAUGAUUAUGAUGUUGAAAUCAUCGAUGUGUGUCCAUAUUCUGGAGAUGCAAUCAUCCUUGCUCUGAUGCGGAUCCAAGCAACUGUAAAGGCGAAAGGGACAAUAACAUGUGUGAGGCCACUCCAACAGAGAAAGCAGUACCAGGGAGGAGUUGUUUUCUCUUGGAAUGUGGUAACAGGUGAAUCCUCUAUUGUAGAAACCAGACCACUUGUGGAAAUUAUACAGAAUGAAAGGGAAACCAAGUUAAGGGAAUACAAGCCAUGGAAUCCUGCUCGAGGUCUGGCUGCAGAAAUGAGAAGGCGUAUGCCUGAUUUGCCCCUACACAAGCUUGUCAGGCACAGUAACAAUACUCCGGUGCUGCGAGGUAAAUCUCUUGUGAGACUGACAGAUCUCGAAAACAAUAUUGAAUUAGUAUUGUAGAAUACCUGCAGGUCUCAACUUGUUAAUGUUGUGGUGACCAGUUGCGGCUUUUUUGUAAAAGGAUUUAAAUAAAGGAGAGAUGGACUUAAAAUCAUAUUUUUUAUAAAUUUUUCUGACUAACUGCUACAAAUCUUUAUUUUCUCAUGCAGUGUCUUUGUGAUCGAAACAUUUCAUGUAACUUCAUCCUCUAGUGUGAGACUAAAUUUCAUUUGUGCCAGUGGUUUGAAACUGAGUCAGAACUUUCAGAUAUUUCUUGUUUCAUUAGGUGUUAUCUGCCUUUUAUUGGCAAAUGUAAUAAGAUAAAUUAUUGUAAAAUUAUGUUUCUUCCUUAAAUUGAUAUGUGUUGAGAAGAAUCUGUAUCACUUGCUAAGAAGUAGGUGUGAUGGUUUAAGAUUUUCUUUGAGCUUUACACUGUUUGUAUCUAAGUCACUUUUAUCUUUGUGACUUGAAAGAGCUUUAACAAAUGACACAAUGUAGUUACAAAAAAGUUUACUAGUAGUGGUAAUAGUUUUAUAUUUUCAAUAGAUAUUGAUGAUGUAAUAAUAAUGUACUGCCCAGUCACAUGAAUUUACUUCAGUUAAAUUGCUUACUUGCUUUGCUUUUGUUGGAGGGCAUUGCAUUACAUAAUUCCAACUUUGGCAGUAAAAAUAAUGUAUGAGCUUUAUGUAAGAAAUACUAUGAUUUGAUGUGAGAAAUACUAUGAUUUAUUAGUAUCCAUAUAUGAAUGCUAUCUUUGUAUUGUUAGAGAUCUAGGAUUGGAAAUUAAAUUAAAAUUACUUUCUGAAAAGUAGUCACAAUUACAAUAUGUGUUUAAAUCAUAAAUUAAUUUAUCCAUGAGAAUGUUGGUUUAGCUCCAUGGCUGUAGAUUAAAACUACUGGAAGAGAUACAGCAACCAGAUGCUUACACAUAACUUUAUUUAUGCAAAGGUGCAUCUCAGGUUUUCAGUUAUCUGUAAUUGUCACAAGAAGUACAGUUGGGAGUGAACAUUUGGCUUGUGUCUUGGCAUAAUUAAUGCUGUAUAAAAGGUGGCUGGUUGGUGUAUUUCUUUCACAUAACUUUAAAAUAUGUUUUGCUUGUUUAUGUAUUUUCUUCCAUUGUAGUUAUGGUAUCUUUCAGUUCUUUAAAACAUGUCAGAGAUCUAUUGAUUUUCCAGAAGCAGGCAGAGACAGUUCAUAAAAAUGUGUCAACAUUCAAAAGGGUUUCAGAUCCUUGCACAACACAGCUUGCACUUCCUUGCAUGAUACCACAAUUUUGGAAACCUCAUCAAAGGAGGAGCCUCUCCAUCUUGUAUACCAUUGUAAAUUUUGAUAAAAUAAAUUGCCUUUGAAAAUAACUUAAUAGGCCUAGUACAAAGAGUAUAUGAGAACUAGAAUGUUUUUGAAGGAAUUUGGAAUUGUCGUAGUAGGAUACCAGACUUCAGAUGAUUGGAUAGUGGGUUUAUUCUUUUGUGGACAGAGAUUACCCUGAACAAAGAGAAAGUGAAAUAAAUCCUAUACUAAGUUAAACCGAGCAAAGUGGCAGUGUUCAGACAGUGGGCCCUUAUUAAGGACUGUAGUUCAAAUACUCAAACUGGCCCUCCAGCUUUAGGUUUUCAGUUUUUCUCAAUCAUUUAAGGCAAAUGCAAUAAUGGUUCCCUCAAAAAGGCAUGACCAAUUUUCUUUCCCAGUCUGAUCUUGGCCUCCGUCUCUAAUGGCCUUGUCAUGAACAGGACAUUAAAAGACACUAACUUUCCUUACUUUUUAAUAAAUAAGUUAAUAGCAAUCCUUAUUCCCCUGAUGGCAUGUAACCAGUCAUUGCAAAACAAUGAACAGCUGAGAAUAUUGUUGAAAAAGCAAGCAGUGAACUAGCAGAAUAAAUCAACUUUAAAUUUCUUAAGUGUUAUUCUUUUCGUUAGUUUUGUUACUAUGUGGAUAAUAUUAAAACCAUGGAACUUGAUUAGAAAUGAGAGUUUCCUUGAUUUUGACGUAUCACUGCAUAAUUUAUUUAGUAUCUUCUAAGGAUGUAAUAAAACCACGCAAAGAAGAUCAUUGGGUGAUUAUUUCACUUAUGUCUUUAUAAAUAUUACCCCACUCUUCAACAUGUCACUCUGCAAACUGUAAUCUGUUUGUCAUUGCUGGGUGCGGGAAUUAACUGAACUGAAAAAAUUUUAAGCUCUAACACCAUUAAGCGGCUUAGUUUAUAACAUUUUGGCAUGUAUUCACGUAAGUUUGGUAGUAAACAAGAGAAAGCAAAAAACUGAUUUGGCCAUAUGAAUAACAUGUGAUGAAAAGUUGUCACAGCUGUUACUUCUGUUGUUUAAAACAAGAUGCUUCUGUUGUUAGGAAAGUGUCAUUCUUGACUAUAUUCCAAAUUGCCUUAAGAUGUCACAUCUUCAAUCAAGCAAUUGUCGUAAUACAAAAAUAAACCCAAAAAUCUUUCUUCUGUCUGUUUCUCCGUUCUAUGGGAGCAGUUAUAGAUUAGGUUAUCAGAGCUGUUGCUGCUGCUGACAUGAAUCAAAUAAUUUUAUAAAGUAUUAAACUAUAAUUGUGUGGAAAUACCUGUGAUUGCUAUAUUUUCUAAAAACAAAAAAAUUUAGUUCCUGUUUGUCAUAUUUAUAUUCUUACUUAAUUAGAUUCAGUCAAAUGAAACAGACAUGUAUGAAUGUAAAUGUGAUUUUGCCAGGAAAAUAUAAAAACAAUAUUAAGCAAAUAAUUGAGAGUUUUUUCAAUUCUUAAGAUGCUCAAUGGAAACAAUAUCGAUAUUCAGAUUUCAUACUCAGUGACAUAUGGAAUAGUAAUAUGCUAUGACAUGAAUAAUUAUAUUAUGGAUUGAAUUCAUUGUAAUAGAUUUAAAGUCUAGUAAGCUACUACUAUAUUAAUGAAAGGUGGCUGUUUCUUAUGUUCUUCACAGAUGAUAAUGUAACAAAACUGAAAACACAGCAUAUUAUACAUGCAGCUAUAAAAACAUUUUUUAAAGUUAAAGUAGCAAGCUGUGAGUGGAACACAUUAGGCAUAACAGCUGCUUGUUCUCAAAGAAAAUGUCUGAAGUCAUUCAUUCAUACAUACACAAAGAGCAAAGCACUGAAUGUAAUGUAAUCAACGUGUAACUUGGCUAUUUGUAAAAGUGGUGUUAUUAGUAGAGUGAUAUGUUUCCAGUAGAAAUUAGGGAAAUCUGCUGUAUUAUCUAAAAGUUGUUGUUUGCUCAUGUCUACUUCCUCCAGAUGAAUGGUGAUGCAUAUUACAAAUUGAAUGUUUAAGCCUUCCCUCAGAAAAGAUUAUUUUUCUGGAUAGCCCUUUACAGUCUUAUAGUACUCCCAGUAUCAUUAAUAUUGUUUUCAGUGUUAGAAACAUUGUUUAUUGCAUAAGUAAUAGGAAAGUAGUUUCCUUACCAGCAUUUAUUUGAACCUGACUUUUCAGGAAUCCAAUUGUAAAGCAAGACUGAAAUUAAAUGAGGUUGUUUUGAAGGAAAACUGUCUUGAUUGUGAAAAUUAUUAUAAAAUUUUCGCUACCAAGACUGUUUUACUUCAAAAUAAUCUUUAUGUGGUUGCUGUACCAGCCAGCCUGGUGGAAUGGGAAAAGUUUUAUAUUAAAUAAUGUUAUUAAAAUAACUGAAAAAAGUGGUUAAAGCUAUGGUGUGGUCGAUUUGUACACUGGAACUAUUAAAUGUGCUAUUUGAUUAUGAGCAUUUUAUAUCUUCCUCAUAAAAUUAACAUAUUUGUUGUUUCAGUAUUUCGAUGCUCCAUAAAUUGCUCUGUGUUUUAGGAAAUGUUCUUUAAGAAAGAUGUAUCAGUAAAUGUCCGGUUAUGUCUUUUUUGAUCUCACAUGAGACCAUGAAGUGAAAUGUUGCUAAGGACAUCUAUUUUCUCAUUUUGAUUGUACCUGAAACAACUAUGUAUUGUAAUGCCCUCAUGUAUUGAAAUGUAUUGAUGGGAAAUUCAUAGAACAUAUUCGUGCUAAUGAAACUGCGUCAGUAAAUAUGAGAUUAUAAUUUCUGUACUUACGUAUAAGAGUAUUCAUAUUUACUUAAUUUCCAAUUCUGUAUCUUUAGUUAUAAGAGAUUUACCAUGUCUUUAUCAUCUGAUAACUCAGAAAAUUUUUUAUUGUUUCCAACAUUAUGAAUCUAAAAACCAUAAAUAAUGUGGAUAAGUAUAAUUUCUCUGGGUCUCCUGAUUGUCCGUGUGUUUAGUUCCUGAAUGCAGGUGAUAUUUGUAUAAAUCUACAUCUGUACUUUGUAAACAAUUCUCUAGUGUACACAAUCCAUUUUGUAUUUGUUUUUGAAUUAAUACAUUUUUAGUAAAAAA